AUGAACGUAAUAGCCCGCACAGUCUUUAGUACGAGCGUACCCAUUAGUAGUGCCAUUGGGUUCUGGGACAUUGUCUUUACUUUCUACAGUCUCGUGCCGUAUCUUGUGCCCAUGGCCAUUGCACUCGAGAUGAUCGUCCACCGACGCACGUGGACGCGGGUCUUUGCCGUUUGCUUCAUUCCCAUGGUGACAAUUAUCAACGCUGUCGUCCUCGUCACGAGUCUGGGUGAUUGCAAUGCAUGCAAACGUCCCUGCGGCAGCUGUGUCUCGAGCAAUGGCUUGCCGUCUGGACACGCUACAAACGCUAUUGGCUUUUCGCUGUGGAUUGUGCUUGAAGCACUUGUUGGCGGGGGCAAACAAUGGACCACAAGAACCAAAGUCACUCGAUGUGGUGCAGCGCUCGUGCUGUUCCUUCCAGUGCCGUACAGUCGCAUGUACGUGGGCGACCACACGGAACUCCAAGUGGUUAUCGGCAGCGCGGAUGGCAUUGUCUUUGGUCUGCUCUACUUCCUUCUGCUUCGGUACGUGGUGGCGAAACGGCUGCCUCGUGUGACUGAACGCAUGAAACAAGGCCGGUGGCGCUUUUUGAACAUGGUCAACGACUUUUACGUGAUAAACGAAGACGACUCGUCGUCACUGUCGCCGCUCGUAACGUCUGGACGGUCCGAGUCGAUCGAAGACGUCUCGGUGAAAGUGUAG